AUGAAGUGGCUCUCUGUGGCAGCAUGCCUAGCUAUGAGCACCAGUGCUCUAUCAAUCCCCUCCCGGCCCAUCGAGGAGCGAGCAACCAAAAACUGCCCGACCAACCUCUCCGGCCCAUUCGAGUUCCCCCACCUGAUCAUUCCCAUCAACUCGUCUGCCCCUAAGGUUGCUAAAGGGACUUCUUACUAUGGAGAAGUCUCAACAACAAUCUCCUCCAUCUUCAACUUUGACAUCCCCCCUCAAGGUCCCAACCUUUGCUCCCUGGUCUUCUUGUUCCCUAGUACGGAAGAACGUCCUGCCUGGACCUACACCUUUGAGGGCGAUGGGAAGGUUAGCAUGGCCAGACUGAAAGGGCCAGCUAACAAUGGAACCACAUUCGAGAAUGCGCCAAAGGUGGCUACAGAGCUGGGAACGUAUACACUCGCCGCGGGAACAUCGAACGUGAUCGCUACUUUCGACUGCCCGCUUGGCCAGGCAAUCGGUUUCAAGAUGUCCAAUGCUGGAUCAACAAACCUCAAGUACUUCCAGGACUACGGAAACCCACCAAUCGGACUCUACAUCACUCGCUGUGCCAAAUAG